GUAUCAGCUAAGAAAGCAGUGGAAGAUUAUGUUGCUACAUUACAGUAUGUUAAUAGUAUCAUUCAUAAUCAUCAUCAUGAUAAUAAUAACAAUAAAUCAAUAAUAGAUGCAAGACCUGCUGAUAGAUUUAAUGGUAUUGUAGCUGAACCUAGAGCUAACCUUAGAAAGGGACAUAUACCUUAUUCUAUCAAUAUACCAUUCAUGACAGUAUUGGAACCAAAUGAUGUUACAUCCUUUAAUAUGGAUAUGCUAUUAAAUAAUAAUAAGAACAUGAUAUCAUCAUUACUAAUGGGAGAAGGUAAAGAAGAAUUGAUAUUCACAUGUGGCAGUGGAGUUAGUGCUGCUGUAUUAUUAAUGGCUAAUC